AUGAAAGAUCAACGGACUUCAACAUUGGAAGGUUUCGACCAAGGUAAAGGAAAGGAGCGGCGACAAGCUUUUCCUGAGCUGUACGGACAAAAUAAACUUGCUGAGAGGCCGCGUUCGGUCCGCAGGCCUCCAGAUCCCCAGGUCAGAACUAUAUGA